AUGGGGAGCAUUCCAGCUUGCAUUCCUGACGACGUCAGUCCAUCAGUCGCAAAACACCUACACGGCCGUCAGGCUUUGAUAUCGCAAGAAAAGGAACACCGCAACGAUGCUGAUUUCCGCCGUUCCCUGUCACCAACGGCCCAAAAAGCUUGUAGCAUCGUUCGCCGAAUCCGGUAUGAAGAACAGAACAAGAUCUGGAGAACAGCUUGCGAUGAUAAAGGCGACGAGGAGUUGUAUCCCGGAAUGAUGUUCACAUUGGCAAAGAAACGUAUGGAAUCCACGAAGCUAUGGCAAAUUGCCAGGAAAAUUCCCAAGGGUGCGCUCCUCCAUUGCCACAGGGAAGCAUCUGUGGAUCUUGGUUGGCUGUACGAGACGACCCUGGCAACACCGGGGAUGUAUUUUUACUCUCCGCUGCCGUUGGAUUCUGAGGGUAGCCGUCACGGAGCUGCGGUUCAGUUCAUCUACUCCAGUACUGCUCCGAAGGCCUCUGCUUCGGUCUGGGCGUCGGAGUAUGAGCCUGGCACGUUGGUUGAUGCCAAUGUGGCUGCGGAUACAUUCCCCGAUGGCGGCCGGAAGGGGUUUAUCUCGUGGCUGAAAGAGCGGACAUCCAUUAUUGAGAAAGAGUCUCUUGAGCAUCAUCUUGGAGUCGAUGCUAUUUGGAGGAAGUUUGCAUCCAUAUUUAUCAUCCUGGGUUCGAUUAUUUAUUAUGAGCCCAUUCUUCGGGCCUUUAUCCGGAAGUUACUAGAAACAAUUGCGGAAGAUGGGGUGCAGUGGGUAGAAUUGAGGGAUACAUUUACACCCCCAUACCGGCGCGAGGGUGAGGACGAUCCAACUGAAGAUUACAAUGGCAUGGUACGAGUUAUCGGAGAAGAGAUUGAGAAGUUUAAAGCAACCGAGGAGGGCAAGAAUUUCUGGGGAGGCCGCAUUAUAUGGACUGCCGUGAGAUCAAAUGGCCCAGAGCAUAUCAUUCAGAAUAUGCAAAAUUGCAUACGAGCCAAAAAGGCAUAUCCGCAUUUAAUCGCAGGGUACGAUCUCGUGGGCCAAGAAGACGCGGGACGCACUCUAAAGGACCUAACCCCCGAGUUGCUAUGGUUCCGGCAGAAAUGCGAUGAAGAAAAUCUUGAGAUCCCGUUCUUUUUCCACGCGGGGGAAUGUCUCGGUGACGGUGAUAGUACGGAUGAAAAUCUCUUUGAUGCCAUUAUGCUCGGCACCAGGCGCAUCGGACACGGUUUCUCGCUUUACAAACAUCCGACAUUGAUUGAUAUGGUCAAGAAGAAGAAAAUCCUUCUGGAAACCUGUCCGAUUUCAAACGAAGUGCUGCGGUUAACGUCGACAGUUUUAGCCCAUCCUCUACCGGCCCUCCUUGCUCAAGGUGUCUCUGCCUCUCUCAGCAACGACGACCCGGCGAUACUGGGCCAAGGCACAUCAGGCAUGUCGCAUGAUUUCUGGGAGGUGUUGCAGGCGUGGGAAAAUCUGGGCCUUGCUGGGCUGGGAUCUCUGGCUGAGAAUAGCGUUCGCUGGGCUAUCUAUGAGGAUCAGACUGAGGAGGAGUGGUUACAGGACAUUGAACUGGGGAUCAAUGGUACUGGGAUCCGUGCGGAGAGAAUGAGAGCUUGGAAGGAAUCGUGGGAGGCCUUCUGCCAGUGGAUUGUGGAUGAAUAUGGCGACUAG